GGUAUUUUUAUUAUUAAUUAAAGAAUUUUAUUUUAAAUGCAAGACCUGUUAUUCAUUCUGUAAAAUUAAAUAUCUUAGUUGUUAGUUGGACGCAACUAGACAAUUUAAACUUAAUUAAUGCAAAUGUAACUUCAUUAGUUUGAAUUGGAAGUUUAAUAAUGUGCAAGAAAUUAUAAGAUAUUGAUUGUGCAUUAACCAGCUUUACAAUGUUAUAAUGAUGGAUAUUUCGAGGGAAGUAUAAAACUUUAGGAGGAGUAAUAAGUACAUUUGACUUUUAAUGGCCUUGCUAACUCUAAUGUAAUAAGUUCAAUUAAAAUUAGAAUGCUAUUAUUCUUGUGGAACUUAUAGAUGAAUUAAAAAUACAGUUUGCCUUACUUGUAUACAAAAUAAAAUUGAUUACAAUGAGAAAAUACUUAUACUUAAAAUGUGGAUAUUAGAAUUACCUGUGAAAGUAUUAACGCGUGUACAACCAAAAUAAUGAUUGUAAUUCUUACACAACUUAAAAUAAUUUAUGGAAUACCAUAAAAUAAUAAUAAAAAUAAUUAUAAUAAGUAUUUUGAAUAAAUUAUUUCAAGGGCAUAUUUAUAGACUGAAUAAGUUCAUAAUAUAAAGGGUAAAUUAUAAAGGGUAAAUUAUAAAAACUGUAUCCUAAAAGUUGCACCCAUUGAGCAAUACUAAUUUUGAAAUAUUGGAUAAAAAUCCGAAUAAAAUGAAAUCCUUUAUAAUAAUGACGCGAUCUCUAAUAUUUUGGC